AUGCUUUUGUUCAGAUUCUUAUUCGCUUGGUUAUCUUUUGUGGGUUUUGGGGUAAGUGACAAGAUAUGUGGAGGACUGACGCUCAUACCUUUUUCAGGAUUUAAGAUUGUCCGUCAAUACAAGCUAUCAAUUUCUGGAAUGAAGCCCUCGUCCCAGCAGUUUAUAAGCUUAGUUCAUUGUUCAGCAGGUAAAGCCGACUAUCAAAAGACCAUCAAAGUGGACUCAAUUACACAGAUUGAUUGGAAGAAGCCAUUUUGCAUUUACAAGCCCAGAUUGGGAUCUUAUAAUCCCGAUCAUCCACAUGAUACCGUGAGAAACUUGGCUGCAAAAAUGAUGCCUGGAGGUUUGAACACACUGAUGGAAACACAAACACUGGCUUCUACUACAGGAACAGUAUUUGGAUACCUCAGAGACAAGUUUGACAAGAUCCUAGAGAGAGUCACUGGUAAUAACAAGAUUGUUCAGUAUACGGGAGAGAGAACAAACAGACAUAUUCAAGAUAUAGAGGGAGCUACCCUUCAAGCAUCUAUGGAGUGGGAGUCUCGCAACCUUGUUUGUUACAAGUUAGCAAGACGUCGAAAGUACUCAAAACUAGACUUGAGCUUUUAUGUACCCCUGACAUUUGUUGGAGGUCUCUUUGAAUGUGGAGUGUCGCCUGAGCAGAAGAGAAAGAUGUUCCAGGAGUUCAAGAUGCCAAAUACCGUUCGAAGCUUUGACGUUGAAUGUGAGCCUGAAAUAUCCCGGCCUUUGAUGCCUUUGAUUGCAGACUACAGCACGAACCAAUGGUGGGAUGUUAGUAAGAAUAUAUUCAGUCCUUCUGCAUUUCAGAAUAUUCCAUACUUGACAACUUCAGAUCGAUUUGAUUUGAGAUUUUCUGUUUAUGGAUCACCAGACACAUCCUCAGCUAACUGGGCAUCCAAAAUCAGGGUCAACGAAGAUUAUGACUAUAGUGGCUUGGAUCCACAUCUAUUUUCGGAAGUGGUAGCAUCAACUUCAGAUUUCAUUUUUAAGGCUUUAAAACCCAUUGAUUUUACUACUUUGAUCAAGCAAAAUGAGGAGUUGACAAACUAUAAAAUUGCCGGAAAGCCAAUAGCUGAAAGUGACCUUAUCAUCAAUGCCUUAAAGAAAUUAAAUUUGGAUCAAAAAAUGGGGAUUUUACUUAGUCUUCAGCCUUCCAAAUUUCUUGAAAUCCUUCAAAGAUUGCAGAACAAAUGGGAUUCUUUAUUCAAGCAUGAUGAGUAA